AUGACAGCCGUGAUUUCUGAAUUCUUAAUCUUGAUCUUAUUUAAACUUAUCUAGAAGCCCAUCGUAAUUCCCGAAUCACUACCUCCACCAAUGAUGCUCCACUCAGCUGCCUACCUUCAAUUGUAGCGCGAGCUUCAAAGCUUUGCUCUUAAAGAAGAGGGCCAGCACUCGCUACCUGUAGUCGGAUGAGUUGCGCCACCUUGCCGUGCUUCAACAGAGGUUGCUCUUUCCGAAAUUUGAAAAAACAAAUUUUCUGUCGGCUAAAAUGGAAAUCCAAAGCUUGGGACACAACGCCAAGUAUUGUGCUGGAGAAAUGCCCGAUGGACCGUGUAGUACUCCACGGUUUCGCUGAACCCCUUUCCAACUCUGAAUCCCAUUUCCCUGAGGUAAAAACCUUGAUCUGGAGUGAACUGCGGUCGACCAUUUCGACAUUGCGCUCCACCAAGACAAGUAAAACCUAGCCGGAUAUACUUACCGAGCGCCAAUUUGCCUUCCACAACGAUCCCGCAGCCUUUCAAGCCUACGGCUACAGGUGUCAAGAAAAGGGCUGGUUCGCCUUAGCCAUUUUAAUGAAUGAUUUCUGAAUUCAAUUUAUUUGAUUUUGAAACAAAAAUCCGUGGAAUUGUGUCUGAGUUAUUAGCACCUACAAUAAGAAAAGGAACUGAGCACGAAGAACAGAUACAGAAACUUAAAAGACACGAUGCGCAGCGUCAGAAAGAUUUCGAAGAAAUGACCUUUAAUGUCGACAAAUUAAUAAGAAAAUCUCAAGGCUAUGAUGAACUAGGAAGGAAAACUCACGAAAUGUUUGAAAAUCUCAGAGUCCAAGACGCUCAUUUUGUGCAUAAGUUAGAAGCGCUAGCAACUGGAGUUGAAGAAGCAAAAAUUCAAAUAUCUGAUUUUCAAAACCGAAUAAAAAAUCAUGAUGAUGGGCAAAAGUCGUUUAAGCAGGACAUGGAAGAGAAUUUUAAGAAACUAAACAGCUAUAAAAAAUGAAUACAAGAAGAAACUAAUAAAAUCGAAGCAGACAUCAAAAAAAUGAUGGUCAACCUGAAUAAGGAAACUGAAGAAAUGAUGGAAAAAAUCGAAAAAUGCGAAAAUAGAAUAAAUGAACUAAAUAAUAAAGGGAUUCCUGAGAUCGGAGUGGAUAUUGGAAUGAUUAAAAGAGAAAUCGAAAUCGUAAAAAAUAAUGUAACAGAAAAUGCUGCAAGAAUUAUGGACUUAAAGAAGUCAAAGGCUGGAGUUAUUGAGCUUAGAGAAUAUCGUAAAGAAAUCGAUAGUAUUAUUGAAGAGAAAAGUAAAUAUCUGCUUAUGGAGGACAAAAAAAUUAUUGAAUAUAUUUCGAAGGACUUUAAAAAGGAAAUCGAUGUAAAUUUAAACGAAAAAUUAUGCGAAAUUUUAGAUAUAAAAUCGGUCAAAAAAUUAAUUGCUUAUCAAGAAAAAGUUGAAGAGCAGACAAAAAGUAUAGAAAUUCCUAACUCCCCCCCCCAUCCUUGAUCGAACGAUUGACUGUAAAAAUUGGGAAAUUUAAACCCCCAUCCUUGAUCGAACGAUUUUCAUAUCAUACAAAUUUUUAUAUAUAUAAAAAUAUAUUAGUUAUCAAAAGCUUGGGAAGAUGUACCUAAUGAAGUUGUUUUCAGAAGCUUUGAGACGAUAGGAAGCUUCGAAAUCAACCAUUCAAAGUAAUUUAGUCAUCAACAUGGGCUUAAAAACUCAAUAAUCUAAUAAAAUAGAGAUUUUUUUUAAAAUUUAAAAAAAAACAAAUUUUAAUUUAAUAAGUAACAAAAUUAAAAUUUAUACAGUUUAAAGGGGUAACUAAUAAAUUAAAAUAUAAAAAAUUGGUAUUUUUAUGAAAUUAAUUCAAUUUUUUGCUGUAAAAAUAAUUAUUAAAUACUCUUAACCCUCUUAUUUAAAAGUAAAUAAAAAAAAAACAUUAUAUAUAUAUUUUAUUUUAUAUAUAAAAUUUUUUCCCAAAAAAAUUUUUUUAACCCCCAUCCUUGAUCGAACGAUGGCGAGUCGUUCGAUCAAGGAUGGGGGAGGGAGUAAAGAAAUCCCUGAAUUGCAAGAGAGAGCUCAAAUCUUGAUUUCAAACCAAAUAUCUCAGCUUGAAACUCUCAAGCAAAAAAUUGAGGAGGAAGAAGAAAAAGCAAGAAUAAUCAAAGAAGUCAACGUCCAGCGGCGCAUAGCCUCAAGGACAGGCUCCUCAAUGUCUCCAUCUAGAUCAAGAUCUCCUCCAAAAGUAUCAAAUACCAAACUAGUCUCCUAUCCUACGAAUUUUCAAAGUUUCUCAGUCUUGACUGAUGAAAAUAUGACUCAAUACCGUCAAAGCGUAGCAUCAGAGAUGAGUGACGCAAGCUUCCACGAAGACAAAUCGAAUGAAGAAAAUAAAUAUCAAAAAGAUACUGUCAUUUCAAUUUCAGCUUUAAAUGAAGACGCCGAGUCAGUCAUGUACAAUCAAGAUGGGCAGCCACAUAAUGAAAUCUUUGUUGAUAACGCAGAGACAGAUAGAGAAUAUGAAGAGUCUCUUGAAAAUUAUGUCGAGGCUGAGCUACAGAUUUUGAGGGACUCGAUUGAAAAAUUAAGUGAAAAUAAGUCCGAGCUUACAGAGUUAAUAAAUCUUAGUGUUUCAAAGCUGUCUGAAAGUAUUUCUAACCAGCAAAAAGACUACCAAACCGGAUUUUCCAUGCUUCACAGUGAAAUCAAUCUCAUGAUGAAAAAGCGCACUAAAGAUGCUGUGGAUAUCAACAAUGAAAUCCAAAAACUCCGCCAAGAUCUAUCUGGCAGAGAUUCUGCGUUUUCGAAACUGGACCAAAAAAUCCUUACAUUAUCCAUACUUCUUUCUGCAUUAAUUGAAUUUUCUAACUCCCCCCCUCUUUAAAUUUGGAACAAAAUAUAGGUAAAAUUUCCACUUUUUUGGUAAAUUAACCCCCCUUUAAAUUGAAAACAAAAUUUUAAUUUUAUAAUAAAAAAAUUUAUAUAUAAAAAAUCAUAAUUUUUAUGUAGAAAGAUUUGAUAUAAGUUAAAUGUUUCUUCUUAACUAAAAUUAAAAAUUUAGUUAUAUCUUGCUCUUGUUUAUAGAAUAGAGUAUAAAGAGCAUCUUAUUUAAAUAAAUUUAUUAGCCUUAAUUGCUAAAUUUUUAAAAAAUUUUUAAAAUUUUUUUUUUAAAAAUUUUUCAAAAUAAUUUUUAUUUUUUUUAAUAUUUUUUAUUUGAAUUAUUUUGAUAUAAAUUCAAUGCUAAUUCUUUACAAAAAUUGAAAAUUCACUUAUUUCUUGCUUUAUUUUAAAGAAUAGAGUAUAAAUGGCAUCUCAUUUAAACAAAAUUAGCACUUUGAUCCAUAAAUUUUCUAAAUUUUUUUUUUUAAUUUUUUUUAUCAAUAAAAAAUAAUAAUUUUUGUGUAAAUAGUUUUGAUAUCAAUUAAUAGUGGCGUAUUAAUUAAUAAUAAAAAUUUAGUUAUAUCUUGCUUUGAUUUUAAGGAUAAAGAGUUAAUAGCAUUUUAUUAAACAAAUUUAUUAAUCUAAUUCGAUAAAUUUUUGAAUUUGUUUUUUGUUAUAAAAAAUUUUAUAUAGAUUUUGUUUUUAUAAAAAAUUUUAUAUUGAUUUUUUUUUUAAAAAAAUUUUCUUAACCCCCCUUUAAAUUGGAACAAAAUUUUUAGUUCCAAUUUAAAGGGGGGGAGUAAGGUUUUGCACCAACUUGUCUUUCAGGAUGAAGAAGAUCGUGAAGCCAUCCAUCUUUCUGGCUACUCCGAUUCUUCUCAAAAACCCAAAACUCCAUCAACUAAGUCCAGACAAAUAGUUUCCCUUAAGCCAGAAUGUGUAAGCUGCACAGGCCAGAAUCCCAUAUUACUCAGUGCAUUUAAAAUGGCGUGCCUAAAUUAUAGUCCUUCCAAUAUAAAGUACAGAAACCACAGCUAUAGCAGAAAACAGUUAAUCAGUAUGGUAGGGAAUUUUUUAAAAGAGUCUUGAAAUAGUGCAAGCGGACAAGAGCCGUUUGACAAUAUUGUGCUUCCACACAUGUGCGAAGAAGCACCAUUGCCUCCACCUUCAUCUAGGAGAACAAGAAGGUCAAGCUUACUUGACUUUAACUCAUCAAGAGUCAAUUUUGAUUUAUCAGCUGGAACACCGUUAAGCAGCCAUAGAGACCUAAGAAAUAGCUUUCAUAUGUAA